AUGGCUAAGGAAGCAGGUCAAAAAAAUUCCCUAUCUGGCAAAGUUGUCGAGGUUAGCCCCAUUUAUGUUCGUGUCGCGCGAAAUGUACCGCUUCAUCUGCACAUCGAGACGGAGGGCGCGGAAAAACCCAGCGAUAAGCCUCAGAGAGAAAUCACAAAUGCAAACACCAAUAACAAGUCUUCCUCAAGCGGAUUUACUCAAAACGUGCCAUGGAUACCGCCGCCUGGGAAAACGUCAGCGGGCACGUGUUUUUUGUUUUCACAUUACCCAUGUGAUCUGUUUUAAAAAUUAUUUCUGAAGACUUUCGAAAUUUUACUCCGCACAAUUUACUGCAGUUGCAUCGCAUGAAAUUCUUCCCUUGUCGUUUUUGAAACAAUUGAAUAUGUUUAUUUGAAGGACGCAGGCCUCCUUGCGCUAAUGAUGAUGGCAAUCGACGAUGUCUAAGUCAAGAAAGUCCGCGAAUACGUUUUCAUUCUUCGGUGCCAGCCAGCGACAGUAACAUUGUGAGUCGUAUUCCUUCAAAAUUCCUCUCACAUUGAUCUUUGAAAUGCUGCUUUAGCAGGAAAAUUACCAAUUAGCUCGUACGAACGUUGAACACGUAUGUAAUCAGUCUGUGCCUUUCCUUUCACAGUUGCAUAGGUGCCCCACUGCAAGUAACCGAGACGAUGAAUGCACUGAUGUUCCAGGGGCGGAUGUGGCUCAGAGAGAUAACACGAGGGUUUGCACAUGGAAUACCAAGAACGCACCGUUGACAUCUCGUUUCCGUCAACAGGUGGACGACGUUCCAAUUCCCGACUCUGGAGCACAGCGCUGGGCGACAACACGCGAGUGGUUACGUGAAAUAGAUCGCUCUGUCGAUCGACUGUCUACGUGUAUCAGAGAUAUUCUUCAGGCACGACACAAAGUGAGUUCGUCUGUAGUUGGGCAAUCUUGUGUUUUAACCUUUAAAAGUUUGCGUAAACUACAUGCGUAAAUGUUACUCUCUUCACGCGACUAUGAAGAACAUUGUUGAAAUCUUUAAUUACGGGGCCUGUAGUUGAUCCUGCAGCGCGGAAGUAUCAGGGAAAUGACAACACUUUUUACCAACCAACAUUACUAGUACCAUUAUAUUAGUAUACUAUAUUAGAGAACUUACAGUCACAAAUUAAGCUAAACGACGGGGCGGCUUAAGCACGCUGCUAAUCGAAGUCACACGACGGAGAUAAGCAAAAGCCCGCAGGAAAGAUAUUUGACGUGUUGCAUGCAUGACUUUACAAUGUCCCAUACAGUCACUUUAGAGGUCGCCCUAUAAGAUGGUUGCAAACUGUACGAUAACCGCUGAAAAUGGCUUACUUCGGUUCGACUUCAAAGAAAGCAUCAAGAGUAAAUAAAAAUAAAAAUAAAAUAAAAAUAACAUCUGAGACCCAGACUUGGUGGAAUUAACAAACAACUCAAGAUAAACCUCUGUAAACGUCGUAACUAAUAUUUUGACUUUCAUCGGAAUGAAUACAGUUCUUAUGAGCGCUAGGCACAUCGUUUCCUUUCUUUGUUUUUCAUUGCUGACAGUGCCUCUGCGAAAGAAAAACCACCGAAUGUGGUGAAAACGCCUACGAGACUGUGCUCACCCAGUCCGAAGUCCUCAGAAGAGCCGCGCAGGAGUUGGCAGCACGCUACAGUAAACUCGUGGCCGAGAACGACUUAAACAAUCGAGAGAUUGACGUGCGCGAAGCAAAACAUCGUACCGAAGUCAAGAUACUUCAAACGGAGCUUGAAAAAGCAAGUAUGCUGCCUAAUCUGCUGCAAUACAGCUUGAUGAUGCAAUCAGUGAAAAUCAGGAACGAAAUAAUAUAAAGACACACCAAAAUCGUUGAGAGGGUAAAAACUGGCUAUGUGGUUGUCUGACGAGAUCACCGGUCAGAAAGUCAUAAUAAAUGGGUGUAUAUGGAUGCAAUACAACUCAAAAAGUCCACGCUGUGGUUUCCGAGUCGCCCCUCUAUACUAAAACUAACAAUGAUUGCCGUGGCCAUAAACGUGUGUUAAAGGCUAAUGAAGGUGAUUAAUUUCCGUCAGGUUUUACAAAUUGUAGGACGGAUGCAAAGACUAGCCAGUGUGAUGAGGCAUAUAUGACACCGACGUGAGACCUGAGUGGCGGUUCUAGCUACUGCUGUAAGAAGAGGAGAGUUGAAUCUGAAAGCAGAGGCACAUAACUUAGGUGGCUUGUGGCAAGCACGAAUAUAUGUUGGGUCGCAACUCCUACUAAACGAUAUGAGUGGUCAAGUUUUAGCGGAAAGGCGCUUAAUGCAUAGGCCCCCGAAUGGACAAGAGGCUGAACCACAGCGAUAAUACAGUGUGUGCAGAGCAUCUAUAAUCGCCCUUUAACUGUGAGUAUUGGUGAUAGAAACCGAAAUUCACAAAAAUGGCUCGUUAUGAACCCUGCCAGAUAUGAUAUGGCGCUAAGUUGCUGCGAAAUUCUACCCUUAGUCCCUGACUGAGAGUCCAGGCCUACGACCCUACUUCAGUCUUUUACGUUUUUUCAUUAACUUUAGUAACUUAUUUAGACCGAAACAGUUGGCCUAACUAGGAAGAGAAAUGAACAGCAAAACAUUCUUUGAUGCAUACGCUUGCCUCACGAAGCCUCUAUUUGUAAACCGAUGAAAUUAGGCACGACUGUGGACUAAAGACCGCUAUAUGGAGUCUACGGCGACACAGGCGUUUUUGUAGGUGAUGCAGCUAACCCUCUCCUUCAUUUUUUUUCUGUUUGAGAUGUUGAACUAAAUCAUGCGAAGGAGGAGCUGAGUAGCUGCCAACAGGAGAUUAAACGACUGAACAGCGUCCAUUCCUCACUCGAGUCCCUCAAGGGUCACCUGCAGUUGCAGCUGAAGCACCGUGAAUCUGAAUGCAGUCGGUAAGUCGGCCCCAAAGCAGCAAAAUAUCAGCCCCAGGUGCGAGUUGCGCCCUUUGUAUCUUUCAGGAGGUACCAGGCAUUGGGGUAAAUUGGACAAUUUCACAAUAAAAAUGCAGACGCCACAAAUGCAGGCGGUGGUUUCAGUACGUCCAUGGCGACUUUAUUCUACGGAGUUUAUUUAUGCAUUUUUCCAUCUCUGUCUACAGCUGCAGAGUAUUGAUGCUGUGACGAAUGACAUCCCUUAUGUAGUAAGCUCGGUACGUCUGAGUGCAUCGACCUGUUUGGCAAACAGUUGCAACUAGACACCAGAGAAUCGUUAUAAAUUAGUCUUGAGGCCGGCCGUUGGAAACGGUGCCUCCAAAUGUAUGCUUAGGAGACUUCUAGAUUGAAUUAUCCGGCGGUACUCAUAAGAAGACAAGUUUGCGGAUAAUGCACUUGCUUGGGUAACUCGUUUGCUUUAUGUCAAUCAUUGGCAGUCAUGUUAACUAACGGGUGCUAAAUACUGAAGCAACCCGUAAACGCGGUCGUACAACCGGACUUACAGGUAACUAUAUAAAGGUACGACAAAGAAAAUCUUAAAAGAGGAACUUCGCAGAGAAACCAGACAGGGUCGGUAAUGCCGGCAAAAAAUUAGUGCGCAACUGCGCAGGCUGACUAUUCCUAAAUUUACAAAAAUCGAGUCGGGAAGUGGCACUCUUUCAACCCAAUGAAGCACGUCUUUUGACUAGAGGCGGCUAGAACUAUUUUCCGCAUGUGAAGUAGUUGGAGACUAUUUAGGCCGACCAUUUAGGCAGAACAUCACCAAAACGGACCAGGGAGACUGUAAUGGCCAUUUCUGGCUUAUUAGGCGUCAUGAGCCAGCCAUACCUAACCCGACUAAUGAGCCUCUUCUAUUAAGGAUAGGGAUUACUGGCUUAUCUGCCGUUAUGAGCCGGCCAAACUCCAACCUCGGGUCGGAACAAAGUCGGACUUGACUCAGGACCUAGUGGGUCAUCACGUCACGGGCUGCGGUCAGAAGCAUUCGUAGAUGUGGGCCUUACUGAUUUAUCCUGACUGCCCGACAGAUAUGCUCCCCCCCUCCCUUUUUUUACAGACUCGGCACACAGCUUCGAAAAGCUGACGAUAAACGUUCCCGCGAGCUGGAGGAGACGAGGGCCAUGGUGGAGCACGCCCAGUCCGCGCUCGACCUGAUGCGAACCAAGAAGGAGACGGUGAAGCGGGCAGCGAGGGCUCAGAAGCGUCGGGCAGAGCGCGCGGAAAACCGGCUGGCGGAGAUCGAACGCGAACUCUCCACCCGGGACAGUAUGCUUGCGGAGUUGAGGGUAAGUACCGGCGUGUGCAAUAGGGUCCCAAAGAGGGCGGUACUGUUGCACGACAACCGAGGGCGUGUGUGGAUGCGGGCGGGAGAUUCCUGUUCCAUUGCUCCGCCCGACAUUAUCACCGGAAUCCCAGUGCAGGCGGAGGGGCGGGAUGGAACCGAGUCGGAGUGAUGUUCUGUCGCCAUAGUAAAUUUGACCCGUCCUGAAGCAAUGGUGGCGCCUAAAAGUCGUAGCUUUAGAUAUUGCGGCCUUACAAUAUGUGCCGCCAAAAUGAUUGCCAACUAGUGAGAACAGACCGAGAGAGGGAUGCUGUGCUACCUACUCUUAAUGUUUCAUUCAUAGGAAAUUUCGCGAGGGCAAACGCCUAACGAUCCAAUAACUCUCUACACUACCGUCUUUGCAGACCCACUGGAUUUUCCAGGGAAGGUAUCACGCAAAAUCUGUUUGAAACUAACCACCCAGCAUGCCUUCUCGGAAAUCCCAGCCGUAAAUGAGUGAAACGGCUGGGGCCCCAAAAGUCGCCGGAACACUGACCAGGCCGCAGAAAUAGUCAAACAUGGUCUUAGCACCCCGCUAACAGGGCACGCACCAAAUCCCUCUCACGGCGUUUUAUUAUCCCCCUGCAGCGGCUCUUACCUAAAAUGAGUGGAAUUAUUGAUGUUUGUGGAAGUUUUAAUUGCAAGGUGGAGUCGUCUGUGCAUUACACCAACUCUAGUAGUGGAGCCACGCAUUAAACUUACGUACCACUUCUUCGACUUUGACUGCGUGAGAUGAAGGCGGAUGUUCGAAUUCCAGGUGUCAGUAUGAGUAAAGAGAUGACCGGUCGAGCACCGCACCCAUUUGUUGAAUUGUCUGGGUUGUCGAACUCGCGUAGAAGUUCACCAUCAAAGACAGUAGCAGCAACAGAAAAGGUGACAGUUUUGGGGGUACUAGCCAAUAAACGAUCAAUAAUGCAGGUUUGGUGACUGCACAGGGCUACAUAUGCCAGCGCCAACAUUUCGGGGGGUGCGAUGGCAGACCAAGUUUCCGGCUGGGACUCCUAUCGCCCCCUCCCCCAUGGUUGUUACUCAUCAAAAUACUGGUCAUUUGCAGUGUAAACCAGGGGUGUGGAGUGGAACGCCAAGGUACGGGUUCGGCCGUGCCAUCCAUCUGCAUUCUCCCCGGCCUCCGGUCUUCUUGGCCGUCUUAGCACCGGGUCCCGGUGGGGGAGGAGAGAGUGCGGUAGAUGCUGUGCGAGUCUACUACUACUACUACUACUACUACUACCACUACUACUACUACUACUACUACUACUACUACUACUACUACUACUACUACUACUACUACUACUACUACUACUACUACUACUACUACUACUACUACUACUACUACUACUACUACUACUACUACUACUACUACUACUACUACUACUACUACUACUACUACUAUAUACUAGCUCACGCACAAGUCCCCGUCCCUGCUUCACCUUGCUGUGCAGCACCCAGUGGACAUUGUUGGAUGCGACGGUCUAACUGCCGAUGUGCGACCCGGGGGCGUUUCUGUCUGACCUGUAUAAUUACAAGGGCAGUUGGGGCACGAGAUGCGAUACCUUACGUUUAACAGAUCCCUCGGAUCUAAUCAGUCUCUGAUUUUUGUGUUCUUACUAUGCAAGACAGCUUCUGGCCGGUAGGCACUUCCAACCGAAUUCUGCAGCAAUGCGCUCGGUUGUCUCUGAAACAUCUCUCAUAUCAUUGGUGAUGCUUCUGGUGGAGUCCUCCGAGGGCAAACACGUGGGCAUCGGCUUGUAAGCGUCCUUGACCAUCCAUUCCGCAUAAAUUGGCCGCGGAGGUGCCGGGCGUCACGCUUGAAGCGUGUUUUCACAUAGCUUCGCUUGUGUGCCACCGGAUAGUUGCUGUGAAAACUGAGAAGUUGUGUGGUGUUCGUUGCCUUCCUACAAGCUGUCGGCUUUAGUUCGCCGUUGUGACUUCGCCUGGCGAGCACAUCAGGGAAGGGCAGUUGCUGCUGAUCUAUUUCUCUCUGCCUCGUGUAUUGUAUAUAAUUCCUUCUCAUAGUCUGAUAUCUUCUGACAGCAUACUGCAGUUUGAAAUCAUGAGUGGCAUUCCCGACGUUGUCCCGACCGCAGAUCGCAUUGGCACUCAAUGUUGCUUUGUAGCCUAGAUUCUAGAGAAGUCCACGCAGGCGGCCCCACGGUGAUUUGUGGUGUAUUUGAGCAGCUCAGUUGGAAGCAGAUCAGCACAGCUUAGCCUUCAAUCAGGCUCUGGGUCAAUGCCGGUAGUAGUGGUAGUAGUAGUAGUAGUAGUAGUAGUAGUAGUAGUGGUAGUAGUAGUAGUAGUAGUUAGUAGUAGUUAGUAGUAGUCAGUAGUAGUUAGUAGUAGUGGUAGUAGUAGUAGUAGUAGUAGUAGUAGUAGUAGUAGUAGUAGUAGUAGUAGUAGUAGUAGUAGCAGUAGUAGUAGUAGUGGUAGUUAGUUGUGAUGGUGGACAUGGCCACGCAUUUUCACCAUUCCUCGUUUGGCAUUUAUUCUCCUCUCCCCAGCCCUAUCAUCCAUCUCUUUGCGCUUUAGCGAGAACUGGACAACGAGCGGACGAGAGCAUACCGGAUGGAAAGGACCCGAAGUCGACAGCGGGAGGACAUGAGAGCGCAGGAGGAGGAAGAGCGUGAAGAGAAGCGACAGUUGCAGUAUCUGCGCGAGAGACUGGAGGAAAUGGACCAGAAAACGCGAGAGACUGAGGAAAUUGUACGCCUACAGCUCGCCACCGCACCUGCCCAGCGUGAGGCGAUCUCCGGCCGAUCAAGUGGCCAGGUUACAGAACACUUGCGAGACGUAUACUUGCGUUCGUUUAAAGGCUACAUAUAUGCGCACAUAUGUAGAAUCAAGAGAGUAGCGUUAACCAAUCUGAUCCGAGUACGGAAGGCUUUCAUUUCGGCCUGUGGGCUCCACUCAAAGCUUUAUGAGAUGGUAGCAAAUUGGCGAGCAAUCGGCAAUCUAUAAGUUUUGAGCAGGAAGUCUAGGGGAGCUAAGAUGACAAUUUAUAGCCUAGUUACGGUUGUUAUCCAGCCAUGCCCCAAAACCAGAUACCGAGAUGACCUGAGAUUUCAGUCUCGGUUCAGUUAGUCAUUCGAUUUAAUGCUUUAUUGGCUUAAAUACGAGCUCUCGCGCCGUCAGCUGUGGUCCCAGGCAUUCAAAGCCAUGCGAAAGCGGUUGGUUGGCGACGGCAAAUAAGCCAAAAUGGUUCAUCCAUGCUUGUUCGUUUUUGUCCGUAAUGCUUCUCGAGCGCAUUCAAGAUGUGCAAGUAAAGCAACUUACGGAUUAGUACGGACCCCGGUAUCAACAAAUCACCGUUGCAGUGACGGUAAUGACGGCCUGUGAGCUUUUCUCAUUCAAGCUUUGCUCUUAAGACUUUACAAAUAAAUGACAAAUUUCUGUUCAAAGGGCGUUCAUCGAUCACUCCUUUGUGUCUUUGGGAUCAAUCUAGAGUAUAGUGGCAUAGUGGCAUAGAGUGCAUAGUGGCUAGUAUUCAUGCAGGAUAGUUGAUAUCCGCGAUCUCAACCUACAAGAUAACGAGCCCCUGACUCAGUGGUAGAGCACUGAACUUGUUGCUUGAUAUCCAAAAUAUUCGGGUCUUCACCAAAUGUUGUACUUGAAGAAAGGGUAUAAUUCAUUUUUAAAAAACUUGUCCAAAUCAUUGGUAAUUCUGAUCCCAAGUUGCCGUUACACUUGCAUUCAGGGUUUCCAAACUACAAGCUGCAUAUUCUCCGCAUACGGAAAACCACACAUUUCUCUACGGUAUUAAGAGGAGACUUUAUGAGGUUCAUAAAAUUUAGCAGUGGAUUUCAUCCAUAUUUUUAACUUUACAAGCAACAUUAGUCAAUGCAGAGACACGCCGUUUUACGCACGGGCUUUCCACAGUCUUAAAAAAUCUCGUAAUUAGAGACACUAAAAGCCACAUCAUACCCUUCCUUCAAGCACAAAUUUUAAGAAUUAAUUUUCUUCUAAGGAAGUAAAAGAAUGAAUUUUUUUACCCGUGUUUUCUCUGAAAUAUAUUUUAAUUUACAAGGGCAUCUAAAAUCAAUGAGAAAAACUAUACUAAUUAAGUAGCCGUUUUUACAUAGUGUAGUGUUCGAGGGUGUCCCGAAAGAAUUUCGUUUGAAAGCUGGUGUGCCGAAGUAACUGAAAUAUCUUGAGAUUAUGCUGCAUGUUAAUUAAAUUAAUUAAUUAUUAUAAUUAAUCUUUUCGAGUCGAAAGCCCAUUUCAGAAUCACGGUUAACACUCCAUGAGUAAGCACACCUACUAUAUAUCCCGUUCAUCAUCCCGAAAGAAGGCGAAGAAUAAAAAGAGGCGAUUUCAUGGACCACGCUGUAUUGGCACCAACCGCCUUUUUCUUCUUUUUGGAGUGAUGAACGGGAUAAUUUACCUGGACCUCAAAGCUUCCCUUAUGUUGAUAUAUGCAUGUGUAUGUAUAUUGCUAGUAGAAGUGAAGAUCCGCGUCCCUGCACAUAAAUGAGAAGAAAAGUCGACGAUGGAAGCCUGUUUGAUUUUGAAAGGUCAGAACAGUAAAAGUAUGGUUCCCGAGGCCGGGCUCGUGGCCCAGUGGUUGGAGGCGUGGACUUCUAAGAGGUCGCGAGCUCGAGCCGCGGGUGUUCCACACUUCGGGGUUGGGUGCGACUGGCUGACGACGGCUAAUAAGCCAGAAAUGGCCAUUUCAGUCUCCCUUGUCUUUGUCGGAAAUAACAUAUUAUAUAUAUGUAUAUAUAUAUGUGUGUAUAUAACGACGAAACAGAUGAGAAGUGGGAGAGGACAGUCAAGCAGUAGUACAGUUGUACUGACUUCUUGCGCGGCAUCCCAAAUUACUCUCUUAUGUCACUAGACAGUGUCCUAAAAUGAUUUUAAAAGACACGACAUUAAAAGCAGAAUUUGUAUGUACAGCCUGAGCAUGAUCAUAGAGUUGGCAUACUUGUUUUGGUAAACUCCAUGCGACGGGGUGUAUAUUCUGUUUUUUUGCGACAGGACUCACUGUCACUGAUAGAAAAGCAGUAGACGCAGCCCGCUCUUCGAAAGAUGCCAAACUGAAUACUUGUUGCAUAGAACUUAAAGGGUAACUGUGGGGCAAGGCGAGGUCUCCAACAAUCUACACUAACCUGUGCUAGACGGAUGCACUACCGUGCUCUUGAGCCAGACUUAUCUUGUGCUACUAAGAAGUUCAGGUGGGCUCAUCUGAAAAGAACGACCAAAAAUAGGAUGGAGUCUCCCCCGCACCCCCCACUAACAGCAAUGGUAUAGCCGGGGAUGCAACAGAGAGUUAAUCCGACUUCGAAUGAGACGACUACGAUGGGCCUAACUUUCGUUUUUCCCGUACCCGCACAGCGGCCAGUUUUCUAUGAUUGACACUUUGUGGCGCGUCCUUGCGUAACACAUGGAACGACACACUAGUUGCAUCCUAUCCGCAUGUUAAGCCAUGGCGUUUCCUGCGUCCAUGUUUGUGUGAGCGUUGCUAUCGCACCAUGCUCGUGUGACAAAACUGUCGGGACAGGACAAAGGCAACACAGUGGGGCAGUGAGUGAGUCACUCACUGGUAGGAGGGCGAUGGCAUCUAAUGGCUAGCCCCGCCCGUUCGCGUGUGUGCGCAAGCCCAGACAAAUCCUUUUGGCCAACGUAGGCAAAGGUGGGUUUUUUGCGGCUCAAAGGCGCAUACUCUGUGCGUCGAGGAGGUAUCCUCUCAGAUGGCACCGAAAUUGCGAUGAAACUGGGGACUGGAAUUACUGGCGCGAUGGAAUUGAAAUAAACUGGAGCUCCUUGGCGAGCAGUGACUCAUCUGCCGCGGUUGGUGCGAAGCCUAAACGACUCGACGCAGCACACGGACUGGCCGGACGGAGACACUGGCUACAUUGUACAGAGGGAAUACUCACAAAUCUGCAUUGUAAGUGGACCCACAACGAUUUCAGCAAAGGACCUCGAGAUAUCAAUUUAACUGAAUAAUUUCUGGGCUUAUUCUGUUGAAAUCUGUACGAUUAGGGAAGUAAAGCCAGACGCUAAAGAGUGUCCAGCGGCGGCCUGGAGGAGUUGAGGGACGUGGGGUGACAGAGAAGGCACGAUGGGGCGGGUGUGUGUGUGUGUGUGCUCGGGCUGUUGUUAGGAGCAUAUUAGAAGCCUAAAACUACUACGACGCGGUGCCUGGUCCGACUGAUUCGCUAGAGGUGAACCAGCUCCCUAGAUUAUCGAUUAGUAGUCAUGCGUGUAGUAGAAGACACAGUAGUCGAGUGAAAUCCAAGCAGUGCGCAGGAUUGAGUAUUUGCGUUUUUACUGGUUUUAACCUACUUUCUUUUUCUCGCCCGCUAAAGCGACCAAGCAGGGAGCCUGCCAGAGAAAAAGCGGAGGAGGGCGAGGAGCGUCGUUAUGACGAUGGCGAGGAAGAAGAUGGCGAUAUGGAACCCAUAAUAAAUAAUGAAAAGGGGGACUGUGUCCAACAGUCGUUACGGAUGCCGACAGUGUUAGAGACGGAAGGACCUCGGAGCGGCCAGCCGGACAGGCCCUCCCAGGUAAAGUUGCCGGUUUCCGUCCUCUCAUUUUUUAACUUUGCUUUCUUCUACUGAGCGGCAGAAAAGUCUAUUUAUUUUAGAAAAAUCGAACUUAAAAUCUGCUGGGGUUACUAGUAAAAGCGGUACUAUCAUAACUGGUAAGGCUGCGGGGGAGGUCUCAUUUACCGUUGCAGUAACCGCGACAGAUGUUUGCCUAAUAGGCGGUAGAAUCAAACAACCUUGUUACCGGGGGCAACCGUGACAUUGACAUGUUGAUGUCGAUCACGAAGCAGACUGGAAAGGGCGUUUCUGGCUCGCUUGCCAUCGUCAGUUAGCCAUACUUGAGCCUCGGGCCGGAUGGCCCAAAAGUUCACAGUUUGGUCUACUUACCCACGAAACCUAAUGCUCUGUCAAUGAUCCAUGGACGUGGUCUGGCCUAUAUUCGGGACUAAAAACGAACGCCCCGCUCUGGCCCACAAAUCCGGUCUGGUACAGAACCUCGAAACUCAACCCAAAGGCUGGUGGAACAGAUUCACCCAUUAGGUAGGGACGCACCUGUAAUUAUAACACGUGGUACAGAACACUUUUGAUAGGCUGAGAAGUUCCGGCUUCGUUCAGAAGUCCGGCCUAAACCACUGCAGUUAAUGCCCCAAAAUCCAACGGAAGGGAGAUUAGUCUCCGUCCCACAGUUACUUACAAACCACUAAUAAUCUUAUUUCCCCGGCUUUAGCCUUCGACGCUUUGAGCAUCACGUAUGCGCGUGUGUUUAUGUGGGAAGGAAUUAGGAAGCACGUUUUUGUCAAGCCGCAUGCGAGGUUGAUCUCACACAACGGGCUCGGAUUCGAUGGCACUAACCACGAAGACAGCGAGAUCAAGAAUUAUGCUGCUGAUGGUGAACUUUUGUCACGAGAAGCACCUCUUGAUUAAUCCUUUGUGUUGCCCGUUUGUUUGUCAUCACAAAGCAGCCCACCAGACCGCUCAACACUAACAUCAGCAACCAGGCGACGGCGGAACCGGAGGAGGAGGCGGCUGGGGGGACGGAGCGCCGGUCGACACUCCAGUGCCGUGAGCUAGAGGCCGUCAUUGCGGAGUUGCGCGGCCAACUGGCAGAAGCGCGCCGUGACGCGGAGGAGGUGGAGCGUCGAUCGACGGCGCGGUUGUCGGAAUUGCGGGCCCAAUUGGCCCAAUCAGACGCAGCCAAUCACAGCCUCCAGGCCUAUCUCGCCUUCCUAAAGCGCUCCUACGCCAGCAUCUUUGGUGGCAGCCCACCGCUCCUUGACUUGGAUGAGGAUGCUACUGUCGCCGCCGCCGCCGAAGUUGCUGCGGCUGAUAGCCACCCACCAACGACGACAGUGAUGGCCGAACCGGUCGCUGAUGGGUGA